UAAGUACCAAACGAUCGUGGAGAACAAACGGACGGACGGAGUCUCCUUGGAUAAAAAAAAGAAGACAUGGAAGGAGAUCACCGACGAAUACAACUGCCGGCCCGAUGUUCGAUUUCGAACUGAGGCUCAACUUCGCAAAUGCUGGGACAAUUUAAAAGAAAAGUGGAGAAAAGGGAAGGCCGACGACAUGAAGGAAGUGUUUACGACAGGAGGCGACUGUGCGCCAGCUAGCCAGCUUACAGACGAGUUGGAGCGAGUUGGGGCUGUCGCGUCGCACAUGUCGACGCGGGUGGAGAACCUCUUUGACAGCGACCGUUGGCGCCACGCAGUCACACCCCGAUCACAGAGUACCCCGAGUGUCGUCUCGUUGCUGCAGCCGAUGCAAAUGGAGACGCUUGAACCGCCCAAUGACAGCAUCUAUGAGUGGGAUAUCCCUGCAAGCCAGAAUGAUGAAAGCAGCGAGGUGGUGUGCGUCCAAGCACAAAAUGGAGCCACCGAAGCUGAGGUCGAGCUAUCGGCACAAAGAGGGCCAGCUGACCUGCAACCUGCUGUCCCGCAACUGGCUUCCCCGUUACAGGCUACCCCACAAAACCCAGCUCCUGCGCAAUGCAGAACGCUCACAAAGAGGGCAGCUGUUGAAGAAGAGCUUAGCGCCCGCCUUAGCAGUGUUGGCGAACAUAACAAACGAAAGACGAGGGAGCACUUGCUCAAGAUGAAGCUGAUGAGAGCUGAACAUGCUCUCCAUAUGAGGCAAUCAAAAAAAUGCAUGAGCUUGACUGUGCAAGCAAAAAGGCUAAGCUCGAGCUGCUAAUGCGGAAAAUAGCUGCCGUGA